AUGCCCCCCAACCUCGCGCUGAACCACAUCGCCCUGUCCGUGCACGACGUCGAGGUCGUCACGGCAUGGUACACGUCCGUCCUGGGCUUCCGCCUGGCCAAGCCGAUCCGGCACGUCAAGCGCGAGGAGACGCCCGACGCGAACCUGUUCCGCAUCUACGGCGCCCGGCUGCACGAGGCCAAAGUGGCGCUGCUGCUCGCCGGGAACGGCGUCGGCUUUGAGAUUUUCGAGUUUGUGAGGCCGCGGUUCGAGCCUGCUCAUCAUCAACAAAAUCAUCUGCACCAGGGGACGGGAAGCGACGGGGACGGCGACGGGUAUGAGUUCGCUUACGAGAAGCAGGGGAUUUUCCAUGUCUGUGUUACCGACGAGGACGUCGAAGGGCGCGUGGAGAAGAUUGUGCAGGCGGGCGGGAAGUUGCAGGGGGAGAUUGUGACCGCGGAUCCCAAGCGAGGGAUCAAGGCGGCCUAUGUGAGGGAUCCGUGGGGCAAUAUGCUUGAGGUCCUAAGCGUGGGGUUUGAUGUGUUUACGGCUGAGUGA